GUGGACGUCGAUGUCAUUUUGAUGUCAAUAAAAUGCGAAUUUUUAUGUUUUUUUAUUCAGUUUUAAUUAAAUCGAAACUAUGUAGAUUUCUAUAUUAAGAAAACUAUGUAAAUAACUGCAAAAUACUCGUGAGAGAUUCAAUUAAUGUACAGAAGUGUUACUUUAAUGGGUUACCGAGUUACCGGUUCGAAAUGUCUCACCGUUUGCCUCGGUUUAACUUUUGUAAUGGGUUGCUUCUUGGCCUCUCUCCCUAUUUCUACAGAACAGAAGACCCGCCAAAUAUCAACGACACAUAGCAAAAAGAAACUCGCCAUUCUAGUACCGUUCAGAGACAGAUUCGAAGAACUCCUGGAAUUUGUCCCUCACAUGCACCAGUUCCUAACAAAACAGAACAUACCGUACCACAUAUUUAUCAUCCAACAGAAAGAUAGCAACAGAUUCAACCGUGCCUCGCUUAUAAACGUCGGAUUCUUGUAUACUAAGAAGAAUUAUGAUUAUAUAGCAAUGCAUGACGUUGACUUACUGCCCAUGAACAAUGAUUUAAAGUAUGACUAUCCAUUGGGCUGUGUCUUCCAUAUUUCGUCACCGCAGACCCAUCCAAAGUAUCACUAUGAUACGUUCAUCGGUGGUAUAUUACUUAUAAGGAGAGAGGACUUCGAACUUGUGGACGGUAUGUCAAAUAAUUAUUGGGGAUGGGGUCUGGAGGAUGAUGAGUUUUAUGUUAGAUUAAAAGAUGCAGGACUGAAAGUAAAAAGACCAGAUAAUAUUUCAACUGGACCUGAGAAUACUUUCAAGCACAUACACGACAAAACGUACCGCAAACGUGACAUGCGCAAGUGCUUCAACCAGCGAGAGGUGACACGCCGUCGGGACAGGGUGACAGGCCUGCAUGACGUCAACUACACCAUACACAGCACCCACAACGUCACCAUAGACUCUCUGCCCGUGACGGUGCUCAACGUGGAGCUGGUGUGUAAUAAGACUGCUACACCGUGGUGCCAGUGCCCUGAACCAACUAAAGUGAAGAAGACUUAGAGUUAUGUCAGGGAGGCUUUACACCUAUGUACGUCUCAACGCUGCCGUACCAUGAUAUGCAUUCAUUUGUGAUGACACCCAUAAAUUGCACAUCCUUGCACGUGGUAACAUAUUGGCAUUUAAAAUUAUUUCAAGACUAAAAAAACCAUUGACAAAUGUAUUAAUAGUUAAUUUUAACCCCACCACGAAAAAAGAGGGAUGUUAUAAUUUUGGUGUGUGAGUGUGUCUGUGGUACCAUAGCUCCCGAAUGGUUAAAGCAAUUUCAAUUUAGUUUUUUUUUUUCGUAUUAUCGACUACCAAAUGUCUGCAAAUAUACUCAUGUGGGGUCUCAAAUCAAAAACGUACUGAAAGAGAAUAUUGAUGACUUGAUCGAGAGUGUAAUUAAUAAUGUUAUGACAUUCAGGGGACUGCAAGACUUCGUCCGGAGUGGGCAUGUCAAAAAAGUUGUUCGGAGUGGGCAUGUCAAAAAAGUCGUUCGGAGUGGGCAUGUCAAAAAAGUCAUUCGGAGUGGGCAUGUCACAAAAGUCGUUCGGAGUGGGCAUGUCACAAAAGUCGUUCGGAGUGGGCAUGUCACAAAAGUCGUUCGGAGUGGGCGUGUCAUCAACCACAACCUCUUGUUGACCUCGGCCCUUUUACCACUGAGCUAUUGAGUUUAUACUGUUUCUAGCACAAUCUACAAUUGAUGGUUUUUAGUGUUUUGUCAUUGCACGGCAGAAGUGGCAUACACAUCAUAUAUGCAAAAAUAUAUAUACAGUGGUGAGUGGUGAGACUCACGGCACUCAGCUAUGGGGCACAUGCAGUAAAUCAAAUGCAAAGGAUGCAAAAUAACUACUUGGGCUAUCACGGAUGCCCCUUGGUUCAUUCGCAUCAAUGAAACCCUUGAAUACCUUGAAAUGCCAACUGUCUGUGAGGAAAUCAGUAAUAACUGCAAAAAGUAAAAAGAAAGGCUAACGAGACAUCCCAAUCGCCUCACUAGCUCGUUAGUGGUAGCGCUGCGAAUCAAACGCCUGAAGCGAGCUGACGUGCUCGAUGACAAUACUAAAGCCAUACUCAAGGAGCCCUCGAUUUCUAAGCUGUUUACUAACAAACAAAUUAGAAAUGAGGGUAGAAAACGCAUGUCAUUUCAUAACUUUUUUAUUUUAAAUUAUGUAUUGUUGUUUUGUAAAAUAUUAUUCAAAAUAAAGUAACUAUUUUAAGCUUAUUAAUCAUAUUUAUUUUCAUUAAUUUAAGAACAAGUUAAUCGUAAUUAUUAUUAGGUGUGAAAUGACUAGUGAUUUAUACCCUCAUUUUUAAUUUGUUUGUUGGUAAACAGUACUCCUCAAGUAUGGCUUUAGUAUAGGUGACGGCAGAGCUAUGGCUCUCCUGUCAGAACCGCCCUAAAGUCUCACAACUCACCUGCUUAAAGUCGACUGAUCGCAGAUCCAAACAGAUUAACACACAGGCUACUUUUUAUCCAGAAAGAAUCCAUAGUUUCCCGAGAUUUGCGAAAUGAUUUUGAUGAUAUGAAUGUUUGUUACUCUUUCACGCGUCGACUACUAAACCGAAUUAGCUGGAUAUAUUACAGCAUGGAUUAACACAUAGGCUACUUUUAUCCCGGAAAAAUCCAUGGUUCCCGAGGGAUUUGUGAAAAACUAAAUUCCACGCGGACGAAGUCGCAGGCGUCCGCUAGUACUUAAUAGAACCAAAAAUAUAAAAAUUGUAACCCACCAACUCCAUUAUUUUAUUAUAAGCACUUGUUGGAAUAAAUCACAUUUUAAAUAUAACAUAA